AUCACCAUCGUUGGAGUCACGGUGGUCCUGUUGGCCCUGCGGAACAUGAACUUACGGAGAAGAUAUACCACCUUACGGGACUCUGAAACCAAGUACCCGCUGCCCCUGAUUGAGAAAGAGCAAAUCACUCACAACACGCGGAGGUUCCGCUUUGGACUGCCCUCACCAGAUCAUGUCUUGGGGCUUCCUGUAGGGAACUAUGUCCAUCUCUUGGCCAAGAUUGAUGGUGUUCUGGUGGUCAGGGCUUACACGCCGGUGUCCAGCGAUGAUGACCGAGGCUUUGUGGACUUGAUUAUAAAGAUCUACUUCAAAAAUGUGCACCCCAAUUAUCCAGAAGGGGGGAAGAUGACUCAGUACUUGGAGAACAUGAAAAUUGGGGACACCAUCCUUUUUCGAGGGCCAAACGGUCGCCUGUUCUACCCUGAGCCAGGGCACUUUUCAAUCAAGGCAUACAAAACAAGUGAGCCUGAAAAGAAGCUGGUCAGUCACCUGGGAAUGAUCGCUGGGGGCACAGGGAUUACGCCCAUGCUGCAGCUCAUUCGCCACAUCACCAAGAACCCCAGCGACAGGACCAGGAUGUCCCUCAUCUUUGCUAACCAGACAGAGGAGGAUAUCUUGGUGAGAAAGGAGCUUGAAGAAGUUGCCAGAACACACCCGGAGCAGUUCGACCUAUGGUACACCCUGGACAGGCCUCCUGUUGGCUGGAAGUACAGCUCAGGCUACAUCACCGACAACAUGAUCAAGGAGCACCUCCCUCCUCCUGGGCAGUCCACGCUCAUUCUUGUGUGUGGCCCGCUGCCCCUGAUCCAGACAGCUGCUCACCCUAACCUGGAGAAACUGGGUUAUACCAAGGAUAUGAUUUUCACUUACUAAUACCUCCCUUGCUUCUAGCACAUUUGCCCGUUCCCUUUUAUCUGUUUCAGAGUGAGUUCCACCUUACCACAUUAAACUGGGAUGUGUUUA